AGUUUUGUUUUUCUAUAGUUCUCAUCAUCUAUCGUGGAUUGCAUCAUCGUGUGCCUGUAGCUCUCGGAAUUUUUAUCCAGGUAGCCAAGCUCUGAGCUGGACGGGAUGGCGAGAGGUCCAGAUAAAAGGAUAUUUCUCUUCGUCUCCAAACAAAAGAUUAGGGUAGAGUGGAUAAUGGCGAAGAGGGACGAGAUCGCGAGCGCCAUGGCCAGGAAGCGGCAGCGCGUAUCAUCGUCUGGGAGCGACAGCAGCCGAGUGGGGCAGAUCACAGGUAAUGGCUUCCCCGCGAAUCGAGAAGAUUGCGCCGGGGACGAGCAGCAGCACCAGGAGCAGCUGCAAGAACAGGGUUCCAGGGAUGUCAAGGUCGAUCCAGACAAGGCACGGAUCAUCUCCUUCGGCGAGGAAUCCUCCGCCGACGUCGUGGUGCAUCUCAUCGGGGACGAGGAGGAGAAUGUGCUCCAUCUCCACUCCCAAGUGCUCGCCAAAUCGAGGUAUUUCGCAGCGCUCCUGUCCGAGCGAUGGAAAGGCGACGAUCAGGCUUCCAUGGCGGCCGAGCAAGAGCCUCCAAAGACGCAUCUCAGGAUCGACACCACUUCUCCCAUGCCGGUCUACCUCGGGAUCCUCAGGCUCUUCUACACGGAGAAUUUCAGCGAGGCUAUCGUGGACGUCCAGUCCGCAUUGGCGCUUCUCCCAGUGGCCGCCGAGCUUCUCUACGACGACUGCAUGGCGCGGUGCUUGAAGUUCCUCGAGGCUGUUCCCUGGAGCAGGGAGGAGGAGCAGCAAAUCCUCCAGCUUCUCAACUAUCUCCAGCUCGAGGAGACGCCGGAGAUCAUCGCCAGGGUGAUCCCCGGGAGUGACAGCGCCGUGGAGACGAUGCUGAGCGAGCUCGUCUACGCCGCCACCCACAACCAUCAGAACGCUGCGAGCGUGAAGCUCUUCGUGGGGAAGAUCCUCGACAGCCACAAGUCGAGGGAGACUGUGAGGUUAGUCCUGGACAACGCUUUCAAGAAUGGGCUCAAGACGGUCAAGGACUCGGUGGAGGAGUACUCGAGCCCGAACGUCCGCGGGAGGCACGACGAGAUCGAAGCCAUGCAGCGGCAGAAUCUUCACACGGCGGUGGUGAGCGGGAGGCACUUGCUAUGGCUUGUGGAACGGAUGAUCGAGCUCAAAGUCGCGGAGAAUGCCGUGCUCGAGUGGAGCGAGCAGAGUUCCUUCACUGCCAACUUGAAGAGAGCUUUCAUGGACGACGUCUGGAGGAACAAUGUCCCCGGCUUGCCAGCGGUUCUACUCCGGUGCACAUCUCGCCUCGCUCAGGCCAUGGUCACUGGAUCCAUCCUAGUUUCCAGGGAGGUGAGGAAGAAGAUGGUGAGGGACUGGCUUCCAGUUCUCAUAACUUCCAAGGAGAACGCGGUGUCGGCGAACUGCAACAAGCAGCUCCACCAGAAUCUGGAGGAGGUGUUCCUCAAGCUCAUCUCGACGCUUCCGGUUGGCGAUGCUCAGGAGCUUCUCCAGCAGUGCCUGAGCUUCGCUUCCCGCGGGCUGGACGAGAGCUCGAACCUGGCCAUGGCUUUUGCGACGUGGUUCCGACGAGCAGGCGCUAGCGAAAACUCGUGAAAAGUGCGUCAAUGCUGGAUGGCGUGUCUUUCGUCAACGAGGAAGCUUUUAGCGUUUGUGGGGGUAAGCUUUUCGCUUUUGUACAGUCUCUUCUGUGAAUCGCUUGCAUGAAAUAUAGUUGAGCGCUUCGCUCAACAUGCGUUCGUAAGUAUAGAUCAUAUCAAGAACAAGAAGAAUCGUUUGAGCUUU